AUGGAGGCUCGUCCGAGCAUGGCCGCGGGCCGGCCGCAAAGCGUCAAGGAGCUGGUAACUCAGGCCGAGAGCUUUGCCUUCAACGUCAAUAUCGCUAUGAAGCACUGGAUUCGGGCUGCUGAUACACUCUAUCAAGAGGCAUCGUUUGCUUUAUCGGAUGGCGAUUACGGACGAGCCUACAUGAUGCUAUAUCGACACUCUGUCUUGGUCCUGAAAUUUCUACCCACUCACCCUCAAUUCAAAGACCCCGAAAACAAAAAGGCAUUCAAGUUACUAUCGAAGCGGAUUCCUCGCGUCCUCGAAGACCUUGAGCAGCUGAAACCCGAGAUUCAGACUCUGUAUGACGAGUGGGAACGCGCUGCACCAUCUCCCGCUAUAGAGCGGCAUAAACAGCAGGCAGCAUCGUCAUAUGCAGCCUUUGCAGCUCGAGAUCCAAGUCUAAGUGGCAAUGCGAGAAUUCUGGACGCGGCUGAGCACCAGGAUCUGGCAGUGGAUUUGGCACAACAAGAGCUAAGCCGGCGAGAGCGAGAUAAGCAUGCAAGCAAGCAUAGUAGCGUUUGGGACGCGCGGGCUGCGGGGAAUAGAGCGUCACAAUUCGACGAUGGCGAUCUUCGAAGACAGAUGGAGGCAACACGACGUACGCUCGACAUGGCCCAAGAGCGCAGAAAUAUUGAUGCAGCAUUGGAAGAUGAUCGGAGUCCUCCAGUGACAUCCCAUAACUACUACUACCCAUCACUCUCCAAAUCCAGGCCUGUCGAAUACGAACAAAGCCGUUAUUCAUCAUCAAGAGAGCUUCAACCUACUAGACCGCCAAAGGAGCAGUUUGACCUGCCUCCCUUGCGGCAUGAAGAUGGAUACGAUACUUCAAAGUCGGCUAUCCCGCCUCAGGUGCCCCGCAAGGCUUAUGCUGAUGACUAUCGACCACUGGGUACUCCUUCACAGCCCCUGGUUGAUGUUCAUCAGCCUCCUCUUCCACCCAAAGAUUCGAUGGAAAUUCCUCAGCCGAAGAAAGAACGCCUCGCCUUUAAGCCCGGGGGCUAUCUCGAGAAUGGGGAUCCUAUUCGAUCAAUAUUUCUACCCGGUAGCCUGCGCUCCAAGUUCCUGGAAAUUGCCUCCAAGAACACGGCAGCCGGCUUAGAGACCUGUGGCGUCCUCUGCGGAACGCCCAUCAAUAACGCCCUCUUUGUCCGCUGCCUCCUGAUUCCGGAUCAGAAAUCCACCCCUGACACAUGUGAAACGGAGAACGAAAGUGCUUUAUUCGAUUACUGUAUGAGCGAGGAUUUAUUGAUGCUGGGCUGGAUACACACACAUCCAACACAAACGUGUUUCAUGAGUUCUCGUGAUCUCCACACGCAUGCGGGAUAUCAGGUAAUGAUGCCUGAAAGUAUUGCCAUUGUGUGUGCACCGAGAUACAAUGAGUAA